GCUCGAGAGCUGAGCCAAGAAAAGAAGCCUCGAGGAACGAAGGAAAGAGGGAAGGAAGGAAGGAAGGCUCUGGGAAGGAAAGAAAGCGAAGCCCAGCCCAGCCCUGCCAGCCAGCCAGCCAGCAACGCGAGCGAGAGCAAGAGCAAGAGCUCGAGCUGCAGCAGCUGCAUCGCCGAUGCUGCCAGCCAUGCGUCAGGCCUUUAGAUACAGACGCAUGUACUGUCGUCGGAUAAUGUGAAAGUCCUCAAGGGCUGGUGCACCUCCACUUGAGCUGCGUUUUUUCACGAGAUUUCGGUUGGAUGAUUUGCCUGCCUCCCUCCCCUUCUAAUUCACCCUGUCUCGAACCCAAUGAACCUGAGUGUCCAUCCUGUACAGAAGAAGAAGAGCCCAAGUUCCCAGCUGCGGAAGCGGCGUGACAUGAUAGUGUGAACCCCUACACUGCCUGUGCAAGAAUAUUCGUGGCCCAUGCUGCUGUGUGAACCAGGAAUUGACAAGUGUUAGAAGCUUUGGAUGAUUCUUGACUGUGAUGGGUUAGUGGUAAUUGAAUUCCAGAUGAACUGACACUGAGGAGCUCUGAGAAGCCGAGAACACGAGCGAGGAGAGGAUUCACGCGAGUGUACAAUUUUGUAGGAAUUUGAGGAUUACUUGAAUUUUCGAGCUCAGAGUGGCAGGAUUUUGAAACAGAGGAAGACAUGCAACAAGCUGCUGGAAUGCUUUCAUUUCGAGAAGUCUGCAGUCCGAAGGGGCUGUAGGAUGACUUGCUUGCUGGAUCCAUAGUUUAUGGUCGUGGACAAGAAUCGGCUGUGGAUGGAUCUGAAUAGUGACGGAUCGGAGAGGAAUUGAGGGGAUUGAACAACUGGAGAACAAGACAGAUUAGAAAUCUGAGGGAAAUUUGCGGGGAGCCAUGGUUUUCGAGGAGCAUGUGGCCUAUUACCUGGAAAGGUACCUUGGCAAUUACGUCAAGGGCCUUUCCAAAGAAGCUUUGAAGAUCAGUGUCUGGCAAGGAAAUGUGGAGCUGACGAAUAUGCAGUUGAAGCCAGAAGCACUUAAUUCUUUGAAGCUGCCAAUCAAAGUAAAGGCAGGGUUCUUGGGAUCUGUCAAAUUAAAGGUUCCGUGGAGCCGAUUGGGUCAAGAGCCAGUUGUUGUGCUUCUAGACAGGAUAUAUCUCUUAGCAGAACCUGCCACCAACCUUGAUGCAGGAGAUGAUUCUGGGGAUGCUGUCCAGGAAGCCAAGAUGAAGCGUGUGAAGGAUACAGAAGCAAAAUUACUUGAAAGGAAGGCUGACAACGCGAAGAAAGAAGAAUUGAAUAAUACUUCUUGGUUAGGCUCCUUGAUCAGCACAAUUAUCGGAAAUCUGAAACUUUCGAUUACCAACAUUCACAUCAGAUAUGAAGAUUGUGAGAGCAAUCCAGGACAUCCGUUCGCUGCUGGUCUGACUUUGGAAAAGCUCGCCGCUGUGACUGUUGACGGCGAAGGGAAAGAAACGUUUAUUACUGGUGGAUCUUUGGAUCGCAUACAAAAGUCUGGAGAAUUGCAGCGGCUUUCGUUUUACUUCGAUCCCGACACCGAACCUUGGAAGCCCGAAAAGAAAUGGGAAGAUCUAUUGCCCAAAGAGUGGGCGAAGAUCUUUGGUCAAGGAAUUGGCGCGGAGUCAGUACAUGGUGAUGGAAUUAAAGGAAGUCGACGUGGUCAACAUCACUAUCUGCUCGCACCUGUCGGGGGAACUGCGAGAUAUAGUAAACUUGCAAACAAGGAUACAAGAACUCCUGAUCAACCUGCACAAAAAGCUAUUGUCGUGCUGGACGACGUCACAAUUGGUUUGUCAGAGGUACAAUAUCGAGAUGCCUUAAAGGUGGCUGAGAAUUUUUCGACAUUUAACAAACGCCUGCAAUACGCACAUUACAGACCCUCUGUCCCCAUCAAACAGGACAGUAGGGGUUGGUGGCAGUAUGCUUACAAGGCUAUAGUAGAGCAGCAGAAACAAGCAAGUGGUAAUAUAUCUUGGAAGCGACUAGUCAAACUUUCCGAGCUGAGAAAGCAGUAUGUUUCAAAGUACGUGAUGGCGCUGCAGUCCAACCCGAGUCAAAUGACAAUCGAUAACAACAAGGAAAUCCAAGAUAUGGAUCGUGAGCUUGACACUGAUAUAAUUAUACAGUGGAGAAUGUUGGCACACACAUAUGUCGAUCAGAAUCGAGCUCAAGAUCAAAAGCGGCAGCAGGAGCAACAGAAACAGCAGAGCUGGUGGUUGCCUUUUGGAUGGGCUGGCCAAUCAAACGUUGAUGACAAGGCCGUCAAGUUUACCGACGAGGAGUGGGAUCAGUUGAAUCAACUGAUUGGCUAUCAACAUGGGAAACAGUCAAAUAUCAUGCCAGGGCAGGAACCUCCCAAUAUGCUGCACACCGUUCUAGAAGUUCGCAUGCGCCGCAAUGCAACAAAAUUGGUGGCUUCAAAUGAUGAAGUCAUCAUGGAGUUAUCGGGUGAUGAACUCCAGGUCAAUUUACAUAUGUACCCAAAGACGGUGAAAUUUGACAUGGAGCUGGCUUCAUAUCAACUGUCAUGUCCGGAGGGUCUCCUCAUGGAGAGUGCCACGAAAGCGGAGGCAGUCAAUGCCACAUUCAUCUAUUUACCGAUGAAAGAAAAUCUUGACUGGAGUCUGGCUGCAAAAUGUUCACCAUGUUACGUUACCGUGUUCAUGCCAAGCAUCAAUAGAUUGAUCGCCUUUUUCCAAACCAGUCGAACUGUAAGCAGGAGUGUUGCCUUGGAGACCGCCACAGCAUUACAGUCAACCUUAGACGAAGUAACUCGCAACGCUCAGCAGCAGAUAAACAAAGCCUUGAAAGAUCGUCCACGAUUUAAGAUGGAUCUUGAUAUUGCAGCACCGAAGGUCACGAUCCCAACCGACUUUUACCCUGACGGUGUUAAACAAAGCAAGCUUCUUCUUGAUUUCGGCCACUUCAACUUAAAGAGUGAUCUGGACGACGAUCCACAUGAGUCGGCAGAAGAAAACAGACUGUACAUGCGUUUCAGGAUAAGGUUGACCGAUGUAUCUGCUAUCUUAGUUGAUGGAGACUACGAUUGGAAACGGAAUUUUGAUGAUUUUCACCAAGCCUUUAAAGAGGACAAGAGGGAUACCAGAAGAGCAACGUUUCUGCCAUUGUUGGAAAAGUGUGGUAUGCUGGUUGCAUUGCAACAGAUAUGCGUUCCUCAUCCUCAAUAUCCGUCGACGAGAGUUGCCGUGAGGUUACCUUCCCUUGGGUUCCAGUUUUCUCCUGCACGUUAUCACCGCCUUAUGCAAGUUAUGAAGGUGUUUCAGAACAGCUCUUCAGAUGAUGGUGAAAGUUCUUCAGUCCAUCCAUGGGAGCCAUCUGACUUUGAGGGACAAGUUUCAGUGCUGGCGUGGAAGGGUGUUGGGCAUCGUGAAGCUGUAUGGCAACACAGAUAUGCAGCAUUAGCAGGUCCCUUUCUCUAUCUUCUGGAGUCUUCGUCCUCCCAGACUUAUAAAUACUGCUCCAGUUUAAUUGGAAAGCAAGCCUCCGUUGUCCCCCCCGAUUCUAUCGGAGAUGUGCCAUAUGUGCUUGCUGUUUGUGAUGCUGGCCAAUUCAACAAUAAGGUUGCGGAGUCUGUAAAUGCCUUGCUCUUGCGUUUUGAAGAUGAGUCGACCAUGAACAAUUGGCAAGGGCGAAUCACAGGAGCAAUUUAUCGAGCAUCGGCACCUGUAGCUGUUGCUGGAUUGGUUGGAUCCAAGGAACAUGAUGAUGCCAAAGAUGCGGUUGUUGAGGCGUCUGAAGCAAAUGAGCAAUUGAACCCAGCCGAACAAGAAAGUUUUUUCUUGACCGGAGCACUUGAUGAGCUGAAGAUCAUCAUUAGCAAUAGCCAAGUUGAUGAUUAUAAUUCACCACAACUGCUUCUUGGAUCUGAAAUACCACUCUUAGAGUUUCGUGCCAUAGGGACUAAGGUGGAAUAUGUUAUGAGGACGUAUGAUAUGUCAGUCGGAGCAGUUCUACAGGCUUUAGAAGUCGAGGAUAAGUUCCAUGGGCAUGUUUCUCCAUCUUGUAAGUAUCUGGCUCGCUCCUACAUCAAGACAGCCCAUAAAAUUACAGGAGUCCCGCCUUUGAGUAACGGGAGAAAUGGUCAUGGAAAGCACCACAGACACAGACCAUCAAACGGAAAGAAAAGCCCCAAACGCCGGCAGACCAGUGAAAGUGACAGGUUCUUUGAUGCGCCCGAAGAGUUCUUGGAUGCCGAAGAGCAGUCCAAAGGUCACAGGCUUAGACGAUCAUCUGACUCUCUGUCCAAAUUCUUUGAUGCUGAGGAGGAUGGGAAUAGUCAGAGUGGAGACGAUCGAGAGCCUCCAAGCUUCAAGCGUGAUUCUGGGCUUCUUCCUCUUACCGGUCUUAAAGAGAACGGUGAAGACGUUUUAAAAGAGGGAGCGGAGAAUUUUGUCAAAGCACAAGUGAUUAUGUGCUCUCAAGACUCACCAGAUUAUGGGAAUGUUGAUAAGCAGGUCAAAGUGACGUUGGCAACUCUUUCAUUUUUUGCAAACCGGCCAACACUUCUUGCCUUGCUCGAUCUUGUGACAGCAAUUAACGCCGACGUUGAACCUAAAGAUCCAAAUCCAGCUCCUUCCUCUACUGAGUCUGAUGCUAUUGUCAGUACCAUCAAUCCGAGGGGCAUAGACGAGGAAGAAAACGAAAUACAAACACCUUUUGGUCGGCAUGAUUCAGUCGUCAAAGGAUUGCUUGGAAGAGGGAAGAGCAGAAUGGUUUUUCUGGUGGUCUUGUACAUGGAUCGAGCACAGAUUUUCCUCAAUCUGGAGGAUGGCUCUCAACUUGCAGUACUCGCUCAGGAAGAUCUACAUACUGAAAUUAAGAUAUUUCCAGCUUCUUUUGGCAUCAAAGUAGCGCUUGGCAAUCUUAAAGUGAGUGAUGGAAGCUUGGAUAAUAAUCAUCCGUAUCACUAUGUAUGCAAUAUGCGCGAUCCCCAGGGCACUUCCUUUGUCGAGCUCGAGUUUCUCUCUUUCAAUAAGGAAGACGACGACUAUGAAGGAUAUGAGUACAGCAUCAAGGGCAAGUUAUCCGAGUUGCGAAUUGUCUAUCUCAAUCGAUUCAUCCAAGAGAUCAGCAGUUACUUCAUGGGUCUUGUUCCGCAAAAUUCUGGCUACGUUGUGAAGCUGAAGGACAGAUUUACGGAUGUGGAGAAAUUUUUCACUCAGUCCGAAAUUGAAGGACAACCAGCUCUGAAGCUGGGCUUGUCUCUAAGCAAGCCUGUUAUAAUCAUGCCUCGAUCAACCAAAAGCACAGAUUUCCUUGAGUUGGAUAUUCUCCAUAUCAAUGUCUCAAACAGCUUCAACUGGCUAGGAGGAGAAAAGGAUGAACUUGGUGCUGUUCGUUUGGAAACAACAACUUUACAGCUGGAAGAUCUUCAUCUCGUGGUUGGUGUUGGGGGUAAAACGGGAGAAGGCAUCAUUCAGGAAGCGAACGGGCUCUCUCUUGUAGUUCGACGACCAAUUCGUGAUCUAUGGCACCAGCUGCCAGCUGUGGAGGCAUCUAUAAAGAUCGAGAAAUUAAAGGCAGCUCUCUCUGACAAAGAAUAUCAAGUGAUCACUGAAUGCGCUAUUAGCAAUAUGGCAGAAACGCCGAACUUGCCUCCUCCAGUCAUUGAGAAGGUGCCUAAUGAGGACAAAGAUGGGCGGGAGAUAGAGAUGAAUGUGAAAGCUCCAAAUUCUGACGACGUCGAAGUUCAACGAGCGGAUAAUACCAGUGGUUCUGCAUCUGAGAGUUGGACGACUAUAAAAGUUGGUGUGGGAAUUAAGAUGGUUGAGUUGUCCAUAUUCACCGGGAAGGCGAGGGAAGCACCAUUAGCGUCUGUACAGGUUACAGGUGUAUGGGCUGCGUACAAGUCUAACUCUAUUGAGGAAUCUACGAUUAUGGCUACGUUGGAGAAGUUCAGUGUCAGAGAUGAUAGAGAAGGAACUGAGUUAGAGAUGCGUUACAUGAUUGGAAGUGCUGAUGAAGAAGAAUCCAACGUGAUUGAACUGAGUGAGCAGGAGGGGCACAACGGAUCUUGUAGUAACCAAGAUUGCAGAUCUGCUCUUACAAUGCUGGUCAUGGAUGCUAAUUUGUCGCCAACUUUACAAACGAUUACCUUAAGGAUUCAACGCCCCCGAUUGCUGGUUGCUUUGGACUUUCUGCUUGCAGUUGCUGAAUUUUUUAUCCCUUCCAUGCAUGCGAUGCUCUCUGAUGGGAAGGGUGCAGACGCGAAUCCCAUCGAAAUGCAAAAUGCCAUAUUUCUUGAUGACCCAGUUUACAAACAGUCAGACAGAGAAAUAUCAUUAUCACCGAAGAGGCCCCUUGUUGCGGAUAAAGAUGGUCUGGAUAAGUACAUUUAUGAUGGAAGGGGAGGAACAAUUCGGUUGUUAGAUCGCAAGGGAGCAGAUCUUCGUGAUUUUUCACGUGAGGUGAUAAUGUUUGUGGGAGAUGGCAAGAGGCUCAAGUUCAAAAAUGUGAUCAUUCAAAAUGGCGACUAUCUGGAUUCUUGCAUCUCGCUUGGAAGCAACAGCAGCUAUAGUGCCUCUGAAGACGAUGGCGUGUUUCUGGAAGGUCAACCAGAGAAACCUGCGGAAGCUAGUUCUUACAAGGAAUCUGGGGUUGACGCUCAAGAUGAACAUCCUUCCAUGGACAGGGCUGAUGCCAAGCCUAUCGUUGAGAUCAUCUUCAAUCUUCAGGCUAUUGCCCCAGAGCUUACAUUUUAUGACAGCAUGAAGAGACCAGCAGACAGUGUGCUUGUACCUGAAAGACUUUUACGGGCAAGAAUGAACGUGUUCUCAAGAUUCAUCCUCAAAGGAGAAGAUAUGGAGCUGAAUGCCCAAGUAAAUGGACUGACAAUUGAAGCCAGCAGUGGAAUUCAUGUACUGGAGCCUGUAGACAUGGGUGUAAAAUACACGAAAGUGACCGGAAAGCAACAUAUUCAUGUUGAUAUGUCGGAGGUUGUAACGAAUUUCUCUUUCAGUAUUUUGCAACUCAUACUACGGCUCCAGACGGAUGUUAUGUCCUUUCUUCGAAUAACAUCGGAACAAACUACUGUUCAGUGCUCUGAAUUUGACAAAAUCUGGGCAGACGAUGAUGAGAAGUCUGGAGCCAAUUGCAUCACGUUCUGGCGACCGAGAGCACCUCCAGGUUUCGCAAUUCUUGGAGAUUGUUUGACUCCUCGAGACGAAUCUCCAUCGAAAGGAGUAACCGCCUUGAAUAUGAGCUUUGCUCGGGUCAAAAGGCCCGUGGACUUUGUGCUUGUUUGGUCGUCAUAUGAAGCUCAAUUAGUGAAUACAAGCAGGCUUUAUGAUGCAGACGAUGACGACAAGCCUUCAGAUUGUUCCGUGUGGCUCCCUGUGGCUCCCAAGGGAUAUGUUGUUCUGGGUUGUGUUGCAACGCCUGGAAGGGAUCCUCCGCCACUAAAUACAUGCUUCUGUGUUUUAGCAGCUCUAGUGACACCCUGCCAGAUGAGGGAUUGUAUAAUUAUUUCUCGAGAUAAUGAUGAAGCAUCUGAUGCCAAAAAGUGGGCAUUUUGGAGAGUGGACAAUUCAACUGGCUCUUUUUACUUGGAUGGACAGUCCGAGCAUGCAAAGCCGUUCAGAGCGCAGGAGCUUAGGCAGAUCAUUUCCAAUUAUGAAUCAUUUCCAGUUCAAGAGACAAAGCCGUCAAGGUCAAUACAGCCCACAUCAAAUCAACAGAGUCCACUUCAUCAUUCGUCAGCUAGACAAAGUCUUACUCCAAGCCUGUCUUCAGGACGUAUAUAUGAAAGUAUUGCCCGAUUCGAGUUAAUUUGGUGGAAUAAGGGAAGUGGAUCAAAGAAGGGAAUUUCCAUAUGGCGACCCGUAAUUCCGGCUGGUUGUGUUAUACUGGGGGAUAUUGCCGUGGACGGGUUUCUGCCACCUGAUGUUGGCCUGGCUUUACGUGAUAAUGAGGAGAGUGGACAGCUCUGUAAGCCUCUGCGGUUUUACCGGAGAGGACAAGUACCACGAAAGAGGAAUAUGGGGACUGUUUCAUUUUGGUUUCCUGUCGCUCCCGUCAACUAUGUCGCUAUGGGCUGUAUAGCGAGUACCACUUCCAAUUCUCCUCCAGAAGCGAUUAACUUUGUUCGAUGUGUUCGGAAGGACCUUGUAAUCGGGGCAAACUUCAGCAGCUCCAGCUUGUGGGACUCCACUUGUAUGAAGAGUGGCAACGACGAACUGCGGAUUUGGCCGGUGGAAAAUGAGGCACAUACAUUUUUCGUGAUUCGGAAGAUAAAAGCUCCACCAAAAGAACUUGCUCUCAGGCUUGCUGACUAUCAAGAAUCGAGCGCUCCUGACAAUAUUGUCAGUGAUGUCGAGGUGAAACGUAUUUCAGCAACGUUUUUUGACGACUAUGGGGGCCUGAUGGCACCUCUUGUGGAUGUCUGUCUGAGUGGCAUAACAGGUAGUUUACAUGGGCGCAUGGAAUCUAUGAGCUGUACUGCAAACUUUAAUCUCACAGCAACAAGUUUCAACGGGAAAUAUAGUGCCUGGGAACCCCUGGUUGAGCCCUGGGACGGACGCGUGAGAUUUUCGUACAGUAGUGAUCCAGAGAACAGAGCCCGGCCAACGGUCACGAAUAUCCGAUUGACAGCUUCAAGUGAAUUGAACAUCAACCUGUCAACGGCAAAUGUGAACAUGUUGUUGGAGGCUUAUGCCAGCUGGAACAGAAUGAAUCAGUUGGAAGAAAAGUCGAAGAAACAGUUCUCUCUGGACUCGAAGGGCCGAUGGAGUAGUAAACCUGCUCUUGAUUUAAAGAGUCAAGAAAAUCUUUCUUGCGUUAGUCAUAACGAACUGGGAGAAGAAUUGUUUUUGCGUAUAGUCGAGAACAAGCAUUCCAAAGUUUUAUCGCUUCCAUCAGGAGGCAGUGUAUCAGUGAGACUUCCCACUGCACACAGCAUUGAAGAACCAGGUGCUAAGGCAACGUCUAGGAGAAAUCCCAACAAGUUUGUGGCAGUGAAAAUUGGGGAUGCCCAGGUUCCAAGAGACGAAGGAAUAGGUGGACGUGAUUAUAUGGUGGCCAUACGUGUUGUACCCCGUGCCCAAUCAUCUGACCAACGACAGCUCCAGUACCAGAGCGCCCGAACUCGUUCUGUUCCUCCAGAAGAUGGUGCAUUUUCGGACAGUGUCACUAUACACUGGGAUGAGAUCUUUGUUUUUGAAGUGGAAUCGGAGGAAGGAAACACAGCGGAAAUUGUUAUUACUGACCUCAGUAAAGGUGGACCGGUUGGAUUCUGUUCAACUCAACUAUCACAAGAAUCAACAAAGCCCUCUGUUCCGGAGAAUAAUACUCAUAUACCGUGGUCGGAUUUGGAUCUUCAGUGGGAAUUGGUUUAUCCGACACAAAGCGAGCUCAAAGAAGGGAAUGUCGGAGAACAUUGCGGGAGAAUAAGUCUCGCGAAGCACUUCUUCUCAAUCGUUGGAGAGGUCUCCAAAGACGCCGAUGGAAAACGACAUGAGUCAGGAACUUUCCAGUUUAGCCCAUCACCUGAGGGUCCAUGGAGCCAUGUUGGUCUAAACUAUGCUUUAGGUGCGGCUCCUUGGCAAGUAAAUAAGGAUAUUAUGGCCAGUGAGUUCUACGUCGAUGGAGGAGUAAAACACUUAAUAAUUCGCUCACUAGUUGUUGUGCAAAACGGGACUGACUUCGACGUGGAAGUAAGUCUAUGCAUGGUAUCAGCUCUUGGUGUGAAAAGAGCCGUGCGGGAGAGUGGAGUCGGUGAAACCGUUGAAGAAGAGGUGUUCGAGAAUGAGCGGUACCAACCUUUAUCUGGCUGGGGAAGCAAAUGGCCAGGUCACCUCUUACCCUCAGAUCCUGGACGAUAUAGCGACAGAGACUCCAAAGGAUCAACAGAGGAAUUUCCUGCCGUGAAGCUGCCGCCAGGCUGGACAUGGACUAGUGAUUGGCAUGUUGAUCAAGUGGCUGGUGUAGAUGAAGAAGGCUGGUCUUAUGGUUUUGACUUUCGCAAUCUAAACUGGCCCCCAACUAAUGGUUCAGAAAGGCUUUUCAGUUUUGUGAGGCGCAGGCGAUGGGUUCGGUCCAGACAAUCUGUCACCGGUGGAAGUACUCGAGUGACUGUAGGAACAUUAGCACCCGGUGGGAAAAUCCCUCUACCAAUAGCCUGCCUCCGUGCAACUAGUCCCGACUAUUGCCUCCAAAUUAGACCUCAACCUGGAGGAUAUCACCCGGGGAGCUACAAAUGGAGCCAAGUGAUUCCUUACAAAGGAUUUCCUGACCACGGAGUGAAACAAGAGUCAUCAAAGGAAAUAAGGAUACAGUCUCUUGUAGAAACAGAGGAGUUGCUAAGCUGUUCACUGGAAGCAUCCAGUAGCUUGUCAUCAGAGAAAGAUAUUUGGUUCUGUUUGGAAACAACUGCCACGAGUGUGGGGAAAGAUGCAGAGAUGGACCCGAUCAAAGACUGGAAGUUAGUGAUAACAGCCCCUUUAAUGUUGACAAACUAUCUUCCCGUUCCUUCCGAGUAUUCUGUAUCUGAGAAACGAACUGGCAAGGGUUUAAUAGUAAGAGAAAGAGGUAUAAUCAAGCCGGGGGAAGCUGCAGGAAUAUUCCAUGCAGAUCUUAGAAAGCCACUCCAUCUUACUUGGCUUCCGCAAGGUGGUUGGCAGCCCAAGAAGGAGACGGUCAUUAUAUCUCAUCCAUACAGAGAUGUUGCAAAUCACAUGAUGUACACCAAUUCCAGAACUUCAAGGUCAAUGGAAGUCAUGAUUGAACACGAUCAUGAAGUAAAGGGCGUCGCUGCAAAAGUAGUUCGGAUUUAUGUACCUUGUUGGCUGGACAGUGCCAAGUGUCCAGCUCUGCAAUUCAGAAUCAUUGACCUUUCUAAACCCGGAAAGGAGAAUGGGCCAGAUCGUCAUACUCAACCGCAGGAGGGGAUAACGAUGGGAAGGCUCAAGGAGCAAAUCAAUCAAGAUGAAAUGGAAAAUUAUCAGGCAUUGAUACCUGAUAUAGACGUGGAUACCAUGGGUUUGUCUGUGGCUGUGACUAGUAGCAAUCCAGAUUUGUUUGGACCUAUAUCACCGCUCAGUCCUCUCAAUAAUCCGGAUGGAACUGUCGAGCUAAGAGGGCUGGCCGAAAACGGCUCGUUUUUCCGAUUCCUUGUAACAACAUCAUCCUGCCCCUUGAACUUUGUCAAAACGAAGGUAUUUCGCAUCCGGCCCUAUAUCUUGUUUACAAACAGGUGUGGACAAGCGAUAUACAUGAAACAGAAGCGGGCAGACGAUAUCAAGACAUUACACCCUGCUGAUUGGAGAGUCUCGUUUCCUUUUCCUGAAGCGGAAGAAUCUGAACUUUUGCAGAUCAAGUUGGAUGGAUGCCAAUGGUCUCUACCGUUUUCCGUUGACAAAGAAACAACUAUGCACAUUGCUCUGCGAAAAGAGGAUGGAGGAAGACGCUCUGUUCGGAUCGAAAUACGUGGAUAUGAAGAAGGAUCGCGUUUUCUAGUCAUGUUCAGAUUAGGUUCUGCUCGAGGUCCAUACAGGCUGGAUAAUCGCACCAACAAUACUGAAUUCAAGAUACGACAGAAUGGCCUGGAUGACGACGCGUGGAUGAAUCUGCCUCCUCACUCAACGAAAACGUUUGCCUGGGAGGAUCACUGUCAAGAACAACUUUUGGAAGUUUUAGCUCUUGGCAACAACGUUGUUAUUGAUGUGAACAAAAUAGGUUAUCAUCCCGCUCUAAACUUGGGCCCGCACUCGUCCACGACUGUAAGUGUACGAGUAUUGGAAUUGAUGGAGGUGAAGACCGUAAGAUUUUUUGAAGAAAUAGACGAGUUGGAGGAGGUAGAAGGUGAACAUGAGAUAUCAUCAAGUCAAGAAGAGAUGAUGCCAGCUGAGGAGGAUGCUGAAGAGCAAGCAUCAGCCCAAACUGAAGUUGUUAUAGAUAUUCCCAGAUUGGGGUUAUCAGUAACUGACCACAAACCACAAGAAAUUUUAUACCUAUUUUUGGGGAAUGUUAUUUUCACCUAUCAAAUGGGAUUUGGGGCUAGAACUAGCAGUCUUAAACUACGAGUUGGCGACCUGCAACUGGAUAAUCAACUUCCUCUCGCAUGGAUGCCAGUCCUUCUUGCUCCCGAGAGGAGGAAUGAAGACAAGGAGUUCUUAUUAACGGCCACGGUCACAAUGUAUGAUGACAGUAUAGAAGCUACGACUGUGUUCUCCUAUGUUGGGGUUCAAGUGCAAAGUGGAUGGCGUGUCAAUGUUCAUGAGCCGAUCAUCUGGGCUAUAGUAGAAAUGUACAACAAUCUCCAUUUGGAUCGAUUGUCUGAUGGUUCGGACGUCGUCCAGGUUGAUCCAGAGUUCCGAAUUGAUUUAAUUGAUGUCUCAGAAGUACGACUGAAGCUGACCUUGGAAACUGCUCCAGCUGCCCGUCCCCGUGGCAUGCUUGGAUAUUGGAGUCCAUUGGUUACAGGUCUUGGAAAUACUAACAAGAUGCCGAUCCACUUUAGCAACGUCCUCCAUAAAGGUAGAUAUAUGAGGAAAAGUCAGAUCGGUCCUGCAGUUACAAGCAGGAUUCGAAGGGAUUUGAUUCAUCAGCCUCUUCUUCUUCUGUCUGGAGUAGACUUUUUGGGCAAUGCAAGUUCAACCAUAGGAACAUUGAGCAAGGGUGCAGCCCAGUUGUCUAAUGAUGGAAAGUACUUACGACUUCGAUCCAAGAAGGAUCGAGCCAGAAAUUUAUCCGGUGUUGGUGAUGGGCUCAUCCAAGGGACCGAAGCAUUGGCACGAGGUUUCGCAUAUGGUUUGACUGGCGUUGUGACCAAGCCCAUCACCAAUGCAAGGCAGCACGGCUUUGUCGGUUUCUUCCAAGGUGUAGGGAAAGCUGCCGUUGGUUUUGUAAUGCUCCCUGUUAGCGGGGUGCUUGAGUUUGUAUCUUUAACGGUGAACGGUGUUGGCGUGAGCUGCACCAAUUGCUUUGAGAUUUUUGACAAAGAAUCUCAUGUCAAGAGGACAAGAGUACCAAGGGCUAUACGAGGAGACGGUAUCCUGCAAAAAUAUGACAGCAAUGAUGCACUGGGGCAAGCACUUUUACAUCUGGCCCAGUCGGGAGCCCUCUUCGGCUUUAGGGAAGCGUUCAGCGAGCCUGCUAAAUACGCUUGGUCUGAUUUCUACGAGAACCAUAUUGAGCUGCCGAAAAACAAAGUUUUGAUGCUUACAAAUCGGCGUGUGAUGAUGCUAGUGCGCCCUGCGUCGCAUUUCCAAAAGCCAGAGAAGUUGUUUACAGAUCCUAGCUCAAUUGAGUGGGAAGUACCAUGGCGAAACGUUCUAGCCGUGGAGAUAGCUGCUCACCUUCAGUCCAUUGUUGUACUCCACCUAAGAUGGAAUACAAAGAGCUUCGCCCAAGUCAUCAAAUGCUACCAUGGAGAGCCGGAGGGAAGAGUUUCCCACUCUAAGAAAGUUGUUAAAAGCAUAUGCGAAGUGUGGAAGAAAUAUGGACCAGACCGUCACACUGUUACUUCUGAGGAAAGGAGGCAUGCGCACCAAUUAAGGCUUAUACCAGCAAGCCUUAGAUCAAAACGCUCAUCAAAUCCGGGAAGUUUGAGAGAUGAUGGUUUGAUCGAAACAUCCUCAACUGCUGAAGCUAGAAGCCUUGCCCGUGAAGAUGUUGGGGGCAUGACUCAGGAGGUCGUGUUGUUUAGGAAAAUAUGGAUCAGUGAACAGGAAACAGGCUUUACAUGCUCUGUCUGCUCCCUGGGCACCACGCCUGCAGAAAUCUGCACAAUAUGGCGACCACAGGCUCCAGACGGGUACGUGUGUGUAGGAGAUAUUGUCCAUCAGGGUGUUGAACCACCAGCUGUUGCUACCACAUACAAAAAUGCGGAGGGCAUGUUUGCCAAACCCAUCAGUUACGAUCUGGUGUGGAGAAAUUGGAAAGAUGGCUUUACGGAGCACGUGUCAAUUUGGAUGCCGAAGCCCCCUCAAGGAUAUGUAGCAUUAGGCUGUGUAGCAGUAGCUGGGUACAUGGAACCGGAUGCUGAUGCAUGUUGGUGCAUCAGAGAAGAUUUGGCAGAACACACGGAAUUCGAAGAUUCAAUUGUUUGGGAAGCACCUGUUAAUUCUCCAUGGGACUGUUACAUAUAUCCCAUCACGUGUGAAGCCCUCACGUUUUUUGCGUUACGUGAGCAUGAGCAUAAUGCUGGAGUUAGACCUAGAAGGGUGAAAUUGACUAGUGUCACUAAUGUAUAUCAAAUUUAGGUUAGCACCUAUUAGAUGGAUCCCAUCCCAUGUAUAUUUAUUCUUUUAUGAGACGUAUUGAAGUCUCAAAUAGAAAUUUCACCUGUUAUAUCUGCUCUGG